UGGAAGAGAAGAGCUGGGAAAACGGUUGCUCAGAGGCUCAGCCGGCAGUGUGGAGGCCUGCCACCACCCACUGGGCAGGACCAUAGCGAGGACAAGGAAGAGGGAAGGCACGUGUCUCCAGGUACAUCAGCGCUGGAGUCAGGUACACACGACUUCGAGGAAGGAGAUAGGAGCGUCAGAAGGGCUCCCCAAGCUCCAGCCCAUGGUCCAGGGGGGAAUAGGAAGCGCCCCGGUCAGCGCCUCGGGCCGAGAGAGGCGUACUCCCCUUCCUCACCCUCGCUGGCGGAGAGAGGAGAGUUUGCCACUUUCCUCUUCGCCAGAUCGAAGGCGAAGGUGCUGCUCUGUACUCCAAACUGCAUCACAUUAGGAGGCGCCCAACAUCUGGUUGUCUCACUUUAGUGAGGCUGAAAUUGAUCACUGGUGAGGCUGUGACAGCCAGACUUCUGUGUUGUAAAGGUGAUGAAAUGCAUUCAUUCCUAGGGAGCCAUGCUCUCUCUCACCUGAAGUCUUUGAAUGCUGUUCCCUGUCUGAAGAUACAGCCUCCCACCAGCCCCGCUCCAUGCCUCCUAACCCCUGGUACGCAAACUGCACUGCACCCAGCUAGCUUUCUUCCCUGCUCCCAGGCCCUCAUAUGAUGUCAUCCUUGGGUCGCCUCCCUGACACUAUGCACAAGAUCAUCAUGGGAGUCCGGUCCAGCCUCUGGCCAGGAUGUGAUUUUUUGGCUUCUGAUGCCCAGGCUCUCGCCUUUCUCUCUUGCCUGCCAAACUUGUGCAGCCCCACAUCAGAGGGGGAUCCAAGCGGAGUGUUCCAUCUGCCACCUUCCACCUGGUCCUGGAGGCUUGGCAGCCCGAGCGGGAGCCUUCGGCAUGAGCGGGCAGUGGCUUCCAGCCGCUGGGCUUCUCCUGGCUGCUGUCCUGGUGGUCUCGGCUUCCGCCCUGCCCCUUCUUCCUCCUCACAAAGACCUGGGUCCGUCUCCCUUGGCUUCUGGCACAUCUGCUUUGCAAGCGGACAGCAAGAAGAUACUCCUCCCAUCAUUAAACUCCUUGGUGACAGUCCUCGCUGGAGUCUUUCCCUCAGCCAAGAGGCCAGGGGAGGCUCCUGGCAGGAAGGCAGGAGCCCUUUUUCCAGAGGCACCUGGGGACCAGCAGGCUCUUCUAGGCUCGCUCCUGGACUUGCCUCUCCACUCGGACCAGCCUGCCCCUUUGGGAACCACUGGGGUCUCAAGCAGGGCCACACCCAGACCAGCUCCAUCAGCAGUGGCUGAGCCUGCAGCCCACAGGGCCCCUGAGUCCCAGCCAGUGUCCUACGUGGCUGGACCUGGAGAGGAGAUCUUGGUCACUGGGUCUCCAGAGAUAGCUGCCACGUCACCAUCGCAGGCUUCUCCACAACCGCUGGCCUGGCCCGUGGGCAGGCACACCUUCAGCCCCAAUGCUUGGGUGCCAUGUGCAUCAGGGGCCAGCAACUUCAGGCCAGGGACCGCCCCACUUCUGACAUUGGCUCCGAAGGCCCCAGAGAAGGCCGUGUCCUCAGCACCCCAGGGCCCACUUGCGUUUACAUCGAUCAGUAACACGUUGGCUGCCACAGUGCCUCUUCUCCCUGUAACAACAGUGUGGUCAGGGCUGGACACGGCCUCCACAGCCCUCACAGUGGGCUCAGGCUCACCCAGAAGUGGUCGGCAUCCAGUCUGGGCCCAGCGUCCAGUGGUCCUUCAAUGUUGCCAUUGCCCUCGGCGGUACCCUCUUCACAGUCGUCAUCAGCAUCACUGCCACUGUCGUCCCCACCCUCAUCCCCGUCACCUGCACUAACAUCACCAUCACCAGUCCUGGCCUCAGUUUCCCCCUUCACCACCGGGGCCAGAACCUCUCCGGAUGCUUCUGCAUCUGAGUUCCCACCUACAACCUCAGGCCUUCCCUUCAGUGUUUCCAGCGUCCCACCUGCCCUGCCUCUGGUGGUUACAGGGAUGGCUGCUCUUCAGUGGACAGUCCAGCCUGGGCCGGUGGUCCCUGCCAACCCAGCCCCCUUGACCACCCUCUCCCUCGGAUGUGCCUCUGGCCUUCCCGAGCGUCCCUGGAGGUGCCGCCUCCUCCCAGUCGUCUUUCCUGCCUCACCCUGGCCAGACUGUCUCAUUGCAGGACUCAGGCUCUCCCUCCCCAGGACCCAGUCGCGUGACUCGCUCUGUGACCUUCAGGAUCACCAAUGAAACCUUCUCAGCAGCGCUCGGGAACCCUGUCUCCCUGGAGUACCAGCUGCUGAGUGAAAACA